CUGAUUUAUUUUGACUGGUCUCGUAAACACUCAACACUCAACACUCAAAUACGCGUUCUUUGUUUUUCUUCUUUCUUCUCUCUUUAUUUCUUUAUUUCUUUCUUUCUUUUUUGCACUUUUUCUCUUUUCUUUUCUUUCGAAUCAGUAACAAGAAUGGCCAGAAUUGAGAUUCCACAUGACCAUCCUCCUGGGCAUUAUUCCCGUCGAUUCUUGAGAAAAAUCCGGAAAUACCCAGAUCAGCUUCGUAUGAAAGGAUCUGUAUUGCCAACUAUCCUGCCAACAGUUAUUUUGACAGCGGUCUACACACAUUUGAUCGCAAAGGCCUACCUUGACUGGGGCUAUACGAACAUUGCCAUUAGUAACAUUGUUAUUCCUGUUUUGUCGGUUGUGCUUGGUUUGUUACUUGGUUUCCGUGCCAACACUUCGUAUGCUCGGUACUACGAGGGACGACAGUUGUGGCAGGAUUUGAACAGCAAUGUCCGCAAUCUGUCACGUCUGGUGUGGUGCAGUAUUCCGGAACGCACCCAAAACGACCACGAGGAGAAGAAUCGGUGCAUGAAGUUACUUUUGGCCUUCGCGGUUGCAACAAAGCAUCAUCUGCGCAAGGAGUACGGAAUUGACUACUUUGAUCUUGAUUACCUUCUGCCUCCAAACUGGGUUCCUGCCGCAGCCAAUGAUAUGGAACAAUAUGGUGAUCAGCAGCAACAACAAGAAGGUGGCAGCAGUAAUAAUAGCAAUGCUAGUGGUGAGCCAGGAACACCUUCAUCCAGAACAAGAGCAAUAUUUUCUGACACCGUGGUUGGCACCCCUACAUCCGAACGCAACAUUGGACCGCUUGAGAGCAGUGGGGGUGAUAAUCCAAAUGAUCUGGCCAACAAAAAAGAUCACUUUGCAGCCCAGCGCCGCAGAUUUGUGUGUGACGAAGAUCUGCCAGACGACAGUAGUUCGGAGAUGUCCCUUCCAUUAGAGAUCCUCUUCCGCCUAGGACUUUAUAUGGCCCAGGCAAAGGAAACCAACCGAAUUGACGGCGUGUUUGCCAGUAACAUUAUAUCCCAUCUCAAUGCUCUCAAUGACUGCCUUGCUGCCCUUGAGCGUAUUGUCAGUACCCCUAUUCCCAAAGCAUACACCAUCCAUCUUAAACAAUCCAUUUUCCUUUACAUGGUUGCUCUUCCUUUUACCCUUGUGUCAGCUCUGGAGUGGUGGGUGGUUCCUACCAUUUUGCUGUCCUCAUUCACAAUGUACGGUAUUGAUGCCAUUGGUGCCCAGAUAGAAAACCCCUUUGGCUACAAUUCCAAUGAUCUACCCCUAAACCAAUUCUGCGACUCUUUGCGCAAAGAAAUUGAAUUCACAAUCUACCAUUUACCAAGCGAGGCCGAUGAAUCAGCAGCAGCAGCAGCAGCAGCAGCAAAGGCUACAGCUACAGCUACAGCUACAGCUACAGAAGAGACAGUCGAAGAGGAAGCAUCUGCAGAAGAAGCAGUUACAGCAGAAGGAGAAACAGCAACUGAACAUACAUAAUAACCUUUUCUUCUUUUUCUUGUGUUUCUUUCCUUUGUUAUUAUAUUACAUACAUAAAAAAAAAGAAUUUACAUAUAACAGGG